AUGAUGUUACUUCAAGGAUGGAAACUCGGUAGGAUCAAAGUUACAGGCGUUCAGAAUCAAAGCAAAUGGGACCUCAAAAUUGAAACGACAAACGUUUGCGCUUUCCAAUUACCUUUGAAGGUCUUGUCGAUGAUGUUAGACGGUCAGAUGAGCGCCACAAUUGAUGGUCUAGAGCUAGAUUUGAACCAGUAUACAUCAAGUCGACUAAUCAUGAUGAGAUCUGACGAAAAACGCUGGAAAUCAGUAGAACAGUCUUCCUGGCACAAUUUCUCUCAUGAAAAGCGACUACGUCCACUUACCCAAAUACUAAACUCUACUGGCCCUAUGAGAAUCAUAUACGGGACCCAAAAUAAAGAAUCGCGCUGCCAUCUGCAGUCAGUGGCGAAACCAUUAUUCGAUCAAAGUGAAGACGAUGGAAACCUGAUCAUCAUUGGGAAUACUCUGGAUAACUGUUAUUUUGCACCGCACGUUGACCGCCAAAGCGUUGAAAUCGAAUGGAAGGCUGGAAUUGACAAUCGAGCUUCAUUCAGCGUGGCUGGUCAUGAGUUUGAUAAACCUGGACAAGGUAUUCUUUAUCAAAUCCCACAUCCUCAAGUAUCCAACCCUACCCAACCAUCCGCAACAUAUGACCAGAAGACUGCGAUUGUGAUAUCGGGAACAGACGGUACAGGGAUCGAAUCCGCCCUCAGGUUAUUUCCACUUAGGACAGGACUUAAUUUACCUGACUGGACUGUGGUCGAUGAAACAAAUAGAAAGGAUGGAGGUACCUUGGCUGCAGGUUGUGGUCGAUAUUGGGUAGAUAUGUAUUGA